AAUUUCGUCCGCACUGAUGUCAGUAUAUGCAUGUGGUUCUGUUCCAUUGGUCCUACGUACAAUCUUUUUCUCCAUCAAUACAAAAAUUCACCUCCAUUUAUUGUGCAAAACAAGUGAACAAUGCUCAACCAUCUGUUUCUCAAGCGUUAGAGAAUUCUUCUACAAAAGGCAGUGUCCUGAGCUGAGUUGAGCUAGAAUUAUGGAGGAGGAUAAGUGUAAAGAGCCACUCUUGAAGAGGAAAUACUAUGAGAAUUGCUCGGGGUGUAAAGUUGAGCAGCUUAAAGAGACAAAAAGAGGCUUACCAAUUCGAGAACUUGUUUCUAUAUGGAUUGUUGUGCUUUGCACUUCACUGCCAAUAUCAUCUCUCUUUCCCUUCCUCUAUUUCAUGAUUAGAGAUUUUCACAUCGCAAAAAGAGAGGAAGAUAUUGGCUACUAUGCUGGCUAUGUGGGUGAGAUAAUUUUUU